CCGCCAGAGAUGAAGACACCACCUGAAAGGUCAGGAAUCACUUUCAAGGUUGGAGCACAGCUGGAAGCUCGAGAUCGACAAAAGAACUGGUACACAGCCACAAUUGAAAAAAUCGACUACAACAAAGAGCGGGUCCUGAUCCACUACCGUCAGUGGAGCCGUCGACAUGAUGAAUGGUUUCAGUGGAACUCGCCGUACCUUCGGCCAAUGGAGCGAGUCAAUCUGAGGAGGCAGGGCCGGAGUCCACCACACUCACAACCGAUGUUUGUCUCAGGUACGAAGGUUCUGGCCUGUUGGACAGACUGUCGUUUCUACCCGGCCAAAAUCCUCAGAGUCAACAAGGACGACUCUUACACAGUGCGUUUCUAUGACGGCGUGGUUCGGACUGUGAAGCCCACCAAGGUCAAACCCUUCCAGGAAAAGUCCAGAUCUGAGAAGAGUGCAGUGGGAAGCGAGGGAUGGGAGGAAGGGGAGAGCGAGGAGGAGGAUGGUGGAGAAGUAGAGGAGAAGGUGACAUCAGAGGAGAAUGAAGGAGCUGUGGAGGAGGAGGGGGAGAGGAAGAGGAAGGCAGAAGCUUCAUCCUCCCAUCCACCAGCGAAGAAGAAAACAGAUGACAGUAGAAGCAGUGGAGCUCAGAAUCAGCCAAUCACAGCUGACUCCACCCAGCCAGCUGUUCCUAACCCCACCCACAUUGACAGAGACGUCCUGUUGGAGCGUCAGGCCCACCUGCCCACCACACACAAAUUCAGCAGAGAACCAUUGUACAGAGUGAUAAAGAACCAGCCUCCCCCCAUCCUCUCCAUCGAGUUGGACCACAACCCCUUCAAGUGUCCCGCAGCGGGCUGCACCAAGUCGUUCAGGAAGGCAAGUCUUCUCCACUACCACAUCAAGUACUACCACUCUGACCAGCAGCUGGACGAGCGGGGCAGCGAGCAGGAGGCGCCACGGAGGAAGCGGUCAUCUUCUGAGGGAGGCGACUUCAUAUCAGACAGAAAGAAUGAGAACCAAAAUAUAAGCUGUCACCGUGACGACAGGGAGCACAGCACCAUGGGAUCAGAAGUGAGGACGGACGGAGGGAGGGAGAAAACCGAAGGGCAGAACAGAAAGGACAGGAAGAACUUCCUGAGGGUCAAACUAAAGAAGAAGAAAAAGAAGAAGAAGAAGAAGAAAAGUCAGUCAGGACUCGGCAGCAGUGACGAUGAGAACUCAGACAGACCUCCGAUCACUCUGAAGCUGUCCACCGGACACCACGACACACACACACAAGUUGAUGACGGCAGCGACUGGUCGACGCUAACAGCAGAGAGUGGAGAGGACACACCCUCUUGGCCUGUUGCUAUGGAGACAGAGGAAUGUGAGGUGGUGAGGUGUGUGUGUGAGGUGGACGAAGAGAACGACUUCAUGAUCCAGUGCGAGUCGUGUCUAUGUUGGCAGCACGGCACCUGUAUGGGUUUAUAUGAAGACAACGUCCCACAUAACUACAUCUGCUACUACUGCAGACACACUGCAGGUUGGAGGCGGGCCCAGCGUUUCCUUUCAGAGCCGGAUUUGCUGAUCUCUGGUCACAUGUUUGGCCUCUCGUGCGUAAAGGAGAACUACUCUGAGAUCAACGCCUCCAAGAUCACACACACCAGCCGCCUGCUGGCACACAUACAUGGCCUCAAUCAGGUCCUCAGUGGGCUGCAGCUCAAAAUCAGCCUGUUGCACUCCCCCUCACACCCUGAUCUGCAGCUGUGGAGGUUGCCAUGGAGACGGGAAGAUGGGCCAAGAUUGACAUCCAGCCCAAGAGGAGACCCUGCCGUCUGUUACGUCAGCAGCGAGCACUGCUACCAGAAGCCCGGAGCAUCGUGGGAAAAAGCAGAGGAGAGAGAGAAGGAAAGGCAAACAGCUGCAGUGAAGCAGGAACACGACAUUGAGCAGAAGGAAAUAAAACCUGAAGACGUCAGCAAGCCAGUGACUGACACUACGACAGAUGAUGACAGAAACACUGUGACACACAUGGACACACACAGUGACACCAGCAUAAAAACAGAGAAGCACACACACACGGACUGCGAGGAACACACCCACAUUCAGAUGCACACAACCGAGCCUCGUCCGGCGUCUGCUGCUGAGUGUCAGCUGAACCUGCUGGAGCACGUCGAGUCUCUGCACCACCAGAUCAGUGCCAGGAUGGACCUGAUAGAACGAGAGCUUGAUGUGUUAGAGUCCUGGUUGGACCACUCGGGCGAGCUCGAGCCUCCCGACCCUUUAUCCCGACUGCCACAGCUCAAACAGCGAAUCAAGCGGCUGCUGCGCGACCUCUGCACUGUGAGACGCCUUUCGAUCCACCGCUGACAGUUCUACUCCCUCAUCCCUGAUCCCUGACCUUUGAUCCUGCGAGUGACUGCUAGCCAAUAGGAGCAAACGGACAGACGGACAGACAGACUGACUGACUGACGAGGCCAGCUCAGGACCUGGCAGACUUGUCGAGAGUGAGUCGCGGAGCGGUUCUCUCUGAGUCCAGAGGGAAAACUGUGAUGUCACAGGACAGCAUCCCCUCUGGUGGAGAAGAGGUGCACUGCAACAAGACAGCGAAAAAGGGGCGACAUUUUUAUAAAGUGAACAGGUGAUUUUUGUACCGCCUCCAGCAGGACUCCAUACAGUGUCCAACCACACAGUCUGUGGUGAUGACAGGUUUGAUUAACAAUUGAUUCAUUAGGAUUUGGUUUCUGAUUAACUACUGUCCAUGUAAUCAGGAACAUGUGUAACAUCAGACAAAAGUUACAGCUGAGUUCAGACUGAACAUGAUAUGGUGUCAUACAUCAUCUUCCAGCAGCUGUCCGGACUAACGAACCUCCUGCUGAGUGAAAAGUAACAGCUGACAAACACACAGAAAGGAUUUGGGUAGAACACAAGUCUAAAGAUUUCUACAGUGAUGCUUUUAACAGUUCAGUGUUUUGUAAAUUGUACUAAAGUUGGUUAUGCUGAGAAUAUUUUUUCUUUGUUACUUAAAAAGUUAUUAUAUUUUUUAAGUAAAAAAGAGAAAAAAAACUCUGGUCACAGCAAAGAGUGCUGCAGUAAAAUUCAUUUGUACAUUAUUGUGAAAUAUUAAGCUGUAAAAGCUUUGAGACUGCUAACACACCAGCUGUGUUAGCACUGGUCAGUCAUAACAGCUGUUUGAGCUUCUUCCUGUUUUCUCUGGACCAGUCUGUUUACUCCCUGUUUUUCAUUUCAGUCAGUUACCAGUUAAUAAAGAGGGGAAUUUAGCUUUAACUAGCUUGCUAACUGUUUACUAGCAUAAACUGUUGCAUAACAAGCUAGUUAGCUCAGUCGCUGAUGUGAAAAUAACUUCACACGGUGGACUUAAAAGACAUAUUUGUAGCAUGGACGUUCCUCUGCCGUGGAGUAGUUCAGGUUCAUUAAGAGCUAAUGAGCACCAAUAGCUCUUUUCGCUCAGAGGACAGUUUGUGUGAUGAAUUUGUGAGUCAGUGUUCAGUGUUGAUGUACAAACUUCAGGAGGAUUUAAUCCUCUCCUUCAGUAAUUGUGUUCAUUGCACAGAAGUUAAUUGACUUUGCUGAAAAUUUUCAGCUUAUUAAGCGCUGGUGCGAGCGGGUGAGGCAGGAGUGAGAAUCUUAAAGCUGAGAUCCAUAACUUGGCACAUGUCAUUGUCCUUUCCAGAGGUGAUAGGUCAUUCAAAUUAAGUUCUGAAGAAAGGAGAGGACAGUUGUUAGUGGGUACAAUCUGCGAUGUCAGAUUUUGAACACAGAUAUGUCACACAGACUUAAAGCAGAAUGUCUACAGCUUUCCUUAAUAAGCUAAAUCUACAUAAGACUUAUCAACUGAAAGAUUUGUGGGAUAUCAACUUUAAACCUGUCUUUGUCUCAAGCACAGUUCAGUGCCGUUCUCUCACCUUCUUUGUUCAUAUUUGUUUUUCUGGUUGAAGCAGAUUCAUAUCCAAGCUUUUGAUUUUUUUUAUGUCUUUCUGAGACAAAGGAGUCAUUGAAGACAGAGCAUGAAAGUUCAUUCUUGUCUUUUGGGAACAAUAACAAAAUAUUCUAAGCGCACAAGGUUCACUUAUUGUAGCAGUGUUUCUGAGCUUUCAGCAGCAUAUCAUGGCCUUCAGUAAAAACAGCUGGCUUGUAAUACGUUUUCGCAUAGUUUUCAAUAAAAUUAACAAAACCAUAAUCCAUUGUGACACAAAAACAAUUUAAAAUGUAAAUAUGUCAAAUUGAAUGUUUUAUACUCUUAUACAAGAAGUCAACUGUAUAAUGCUGCAGAUUUAUUUUGAUAGAGAGAUUAGUAAUGAAUCUACAGUGGAGUUUGAGGGGAAACUGGAGAUUUCUGGAAAAAAUAUUUGAGGAAAAAGGUUGAAAUUUUUAGAAAAAAAGUUAAAAUAGUACAAGAAAAAGUGAUUAAAGGUC